AUGCACCUGAUCUGGGCACGUCAACACAACAGGAUUGCAGGCGAGCUUCAGAUGCUGAACCCCAUGUGGAAUGACGAGAUCCUCUACCAGGAAUCCAGAAGGAUAGUCGGUGCACAGAUGCAACAUAUCACCUAUAACGAGUUCUUACCUGCAAUACUGGGUAACGAUGUUAUGUACGCACUUAAUCUGACGUUACUGCCAGACGGACACUCAAAUGUAUACGACCCAUCCGUGGAUCCCACCGUGGCCAACCACUUCUCAGCGGCUGCCUUCAGAUUUGCACACACACUUUUACCGGGUUUGAUCCACAACGUAGACGCGAGUACGGGCAACAUCAACUACGUGCAAUUACACGAGAUGCUGUUCAACCCUUAUACUCUAUACAGCAAAAGAGGAGCCAAGGCCGCCGUCUCAUCGGCUAUGAUCACGCCCGUGCACAAUGUCGACCCUCAUGUUACCACCGAGCUAAGCAACCAUCUAUUCGAGCGACCAGUGGCCAUCAACAACACUAACAGUACUCUCCCGCAUAAAGCCGGACCCUGCGGCCUCGACCUCGUGUCCCUCAAUAUCCAGCGCGGCAGGGACCAUGGCCUGCCCGCGUACCCCGCCUGGAGGGAACACUGCGGCCUCUCCCGACCACAUACAUUUGAGGACCUCUCCGAUAUGUUUGACGAACAGUCGCUCAGUCGCAUUUAUAAAAUUUAUAAAAAUGUAGAUGACAUAGACCUAUACACCGGUGCUUUAGCAGAGGACCCCAAAGGUCGCCUGCUGGGACCAACGCUCAGUUGCCUCGUCUCCGAUCAAUUCCUGCGUCUCAAAGUUGGUGAUCGUUUCUGGUACGAGACGGCUGAUGAAACUGUGGGCUUUUCAAUCACCCAACUGGUAGAAAUAAGGAAAACAACAUUAGCUGGCGUGAUCUGUGCUAACGAGGAUCUCUUAGACCAGGCUCAGCCGCGGGUGAUGGAGGGUGUUGGGCCGACCAACCCACUCGUAGACUGUAAGGAACUGCCGCAACCAGAUUUUACACCUUGGAAAAAGAGCAAGUCUAAAAACAAGAAAGUGAAGUCCUAAACAUCAAUUAACAUUAUGACUACCUAAGUGCAAUGCUACGCGCGUAAUGGUGGCUGUUUGUCACCGUAAUUUAUUGUUUCUGUUAUCGAUUAGCUGUCAUUGGUAUGGAAUUCACUAAAUCGUCAUGUGGUCAAGUGCACGCGCUAUCGCAAGUAUUCUGAAGCAUGGUGACAAGAGACAGAAGGACACGGUGACUAUAAGUCCCCAGUGUACGCGUAACCAUACCGUCGCAUAUUUAGGUGCACUUCUGCCGCAAGUAUUCUCAAGCAGGAGACAAAAGUCUCUGUGACAAAGUAUCACUAGAACGUGCGUAAUUUUAAUUCGUAAAACAUACAAUUACAAAAAGAAGAGAUAUAGAAAAACAACAAGAUCAUAACACUGAUAUUUCAGUCGUCAUGAUAUAUUGUCUCGUGAUAUUUUCAUUUUGAAUGUAAUACUUUUUCUAAUGGGCAAAACAUUAAUAUUGUAAUUUAUCAUAUUUGUAUUAUCGCUGAUAAGAACACUCAAUACAAAUAAUAUAAAAGGAAAUAUCGAAUAUUUUCAUUAUUUAAAAUCAUUUGCUUUAUUACAAUGCCUUACUCAAUUUAUAUAUUACAAAUAUCACAAAUAUUGUUCCAUGUAAAUUGAUUUUAAAGAAGAAAUUGUAAAUAAUAAAUAUUGUCGAUUUAAGGCUGAUCUUGGGACCGAUUACUAUUUUCUACUGUAAUUUUUGCUUAGGAUGUGUGAAAAUUAAUAUAAUAAUUGCAAAUAGGAGAUACGCAUACUGCUCAUAUUACCUACUUAGUUUAACUUAGUUUUAUUUAUUGUUUUUAUUUUAAUUAUUAAAUGGCUAAUAUAUUAAUC